GAUAACGAUUUGUAGCGACAAUAUAACGUCUUUUAUUCGCCUUUUUACCCGUUAAUACCAACCAUGCCAAAAAAGACCGCCCGUUGCUCGCUUGCCUGUGACGCCGAUCAGCUCAAGGCCAAGAGGGCUCAGUAUCAGAGCAUUCUGUCGGACCUGGCGCAGCUCGACACCGACAAUGACGCCUCGCGCGUGCUCAACUACAACAAGCGCGAGGUGCUGCAGCUGCUCGAGCAGAUCAGGGGCGCGGCGCCGGCCGGCCGCGGCGCCGACACGCCCGUGCCCGGCUGGCUCAACGUCGAGACGAUGGUGGGCGCGGUGGCCACCGGCCGGCCGGGCGGCCGCGCCGUCGGCCGCGCGCGAGACGAGGCUAUCACCGGCCUGGGCCACCUGUUCUACAUGGCCGGCGCGCAGAUGACCUCCGUGCUGGACGAGUCGCUGGAGGCGCUGCUGUCCGUGCUGCGUGACGCCGAGAGCGGCUGCUCGCCAAGGGCGGCGUGCAGGCGCUGGUCGAGUGCGUGCACAACUACCGCCAGCAGGCGUGGGCAGCGCGCUGGGCCUGCCACACGCUGGCCGUGGCGCUGGCCGACAACGCCGACGUGUGGAGGCACCUGCGUCAGCUGGAGACGCUGGAGACCACCCUGUCGCACCUGGCGCUGGACGAGCCGCUGUGGACCAACUGGGACAACAACCACGCGUCCAUCCUACACGGCCUUCUGUACGGGCCGCGCACCGUCCGCCAGUGACGGCCGGCUGUGACGCCCGUGCUGACCGGGUCACUGUCUAGUCUCUGGUUCCACCGUGUCGUCGGCGACGUGCCGUCCAGUAUGUAGGUAUAGAUAUUCAGUUGGGCGGCAGUCGCCCAAUAUACAAUCUCUGCGCA